UUUAAUUUACUGUGCUCAACAACAUUUAUAGGAGAUGACUCUGGAAGAAUAUGAGAAAGUAAGGGAGGAGAAAAGGAAAGCCUUGCUUACUCUUAAGGUUGAAGAAAGAAAAGUUGAGGUUGACAAGGACUUACAGUCGAUGCAGCAGCUCUCUAUCAAGAAAGCAAACAAUGACGUUUUUAUCAAACUGGGUUCUGACAAAGAGUCCAAGAAAAGAGACAAUACUGAAAAAGAGGAACGAAACAAGAAGGUAUGGAUUAACCAAAUGCAUUACUAUUCAUGUAAUAACUUUGUUUAGGGUGUGGCUUUUUCA